CUGUAUGAUGUACUGCUCCACACACAUCUCCGGAAUGUGAACACAAAAACAUGUCUGUGGAGACACUUCUACUUAGACCAAGAUAAAGAGUUACAAAAUGCCAUGUGGCAGAACAGUGUAAUUUUUUUUCUCUCGUUCUUUUAUCACUGCCUUUUAAUGAAUAUCAAUAGUCCCAUUUCUCUUUCAGCUAGGGUGGUUCAAGCAUUGCUACACAUCGGGAUAUUUAAAUGGAUGUUAUGUGCCUGAGUGAUUAAUUUGCAAGAUGCUAUGUGAUUGAAGCAUUAGAAUUGCAACAUUUACAGCUGUCAGCCAGAAUGCCUGCCUGCUCCAUGCAGGGCUGAGGCAGAUGUCUACUGUGUGUGAUGUCCAAUGGUUCUUGUGCUACUGUUACAGAAAAUAAAGGAAGACAAAAAUAGACUUCACAUUCGGCACUGCUUGCAGUCUGAGAACUGCACAGAGUAUAUGAAGAAAGGUAACUGUAAGAAGAAGAACUUCACAAUCACUUUUAGCACAGACAGCCUGUGAACUCCUUUCCAGUUUCUUAAGCAGAAAAUCUCCAAAGUUAAGUUAUUCUACAUACACUAAAUGAAGCCUUUCUUCUGAUGCAGAAGAUCAUCCCUUCGAGCAAUGCUUGUCUGGGCCUUCUGCACGCUGUCUGUCUGGGAGAGAGAGUACACAGGCAAAACUGGACCUCACCUUGCUAAAGUACCUUGCUCAAGAACACGGCUUGGCUACAUUCAUGACAGCAGUGAUACUAUCAAACAGAAACGAGUUUAUAGUUUUUUUACUUCGAACCUGUAAACUGUAACUGUUUCUUCCUGUACAGACCAAACUAUGAGUCAGGUGAGAAAGAGAAGGUGGGAAGAAUCAUUUUGUGGAGCAGCCUGUCUUAGCAAUACUGGGGGAGGUUAGGCCAACUGUUACAUUAACGGGGGUGUCUCAGUUAAGCAUCUUAAUGACUUUUUUGACUCAUUCUUCACCAGCAAUGCUCUAGCCACGCUGCCCAAGCUGCAGAAAGGAAAGCCUAGGACUGAAAGAAGGAAGAACCCUCCAGUGUAGAAGACCACAGUUGAGGCCAUCUAAGGAACUUGAAGGUGCACAAGUCCAUGAGACGUGUCUAUGAAUCCUAAGGGAACUGGUGGAUCAAGCUGCCAUCCUAUUUAAGACAUUGUGGCAUAAGCCACAUUUUUUUAAAUGGAAGAAAGUAAGAUGUGGGGAACUACAGGCCAAUCUGUCUCAACUUUAUGCCCAGCAGAUCAGGGAUCGUAGAGCAGAUCAUCCUGGAAACUGUGCUAAGGCACACGGAGAACAGAGGUGAUUGGUGAGAGCCAGCAUGACUUCACUAAAGGCAAAUUAUGCCUGAAAAGUUUGGUGGCUUUCUAUGGCGGGGUUACAGCAGUGGUGGAUAAGGGGAGAGCAAGUGAUAUCAUCUAGCUGGAUCUGUGCAAAGUAUUUGACACUGUCUAGCACAGCAUCUUUGUUUCUAAACUGGAGAGAAAUGAGUUUGAGUGAUGGAUCACACAAUGGUAAGGAAUUAAAGGCUUGUGAACAACAGCUCCAUGUUUAAGGUCUCUUCCAAUCCAAACCACUCUACAAUUCUAUGACUUCUGGUUUCAAAUGCAGUAAAUUAAUAAACGCAAACAAAAAGUUUGGAGUAAAGGGGAAAGCUCAUAAUUCAGGACUUAAUUCAGUGUUAUGUUAUAAAAGGAUAGGAUGAAAAUCUGAUGAGGCAGGCUAUGCCAUAGCUGCAUAUUCUUCUACCUUCCUCAAAAGCACCCACGGAUGGUAAUUUCAGAUUAAAAAAUACCAGAUUUGAAAGAUGGCAGUGUUUCAUAUAUUGUGGGCUUUGUUUUUUCUGGGUCAGGCACAAAAAUGAUGUGACUCAAUCGGAAAGAAUUUGAGAUAUAUCAUGGAGAGAUUGCAGACCUCGGAGCAUUCUGCUGUUUUCACUCUGUUUGUGUAGACAUAAGCUCCAUGCUUUGUUAGCAGGAAUUACAAUUGAAUGAGAUAUGCUAGCAAACAUAUUUAUGGGCAACUUUUGGCUGAGUGCACAGGUUGCCUUACAGUUUUUUAUUUUGAUUCUGUUUGACAUUACAGAGAUAUACUGUAUGGUAAGUGUAGGAUUAAUGACAUGCUCAAGCAUUACGGAAUGCUAAAAGUGCUUCAGUUUUCUACAAUUAUCACAGAAUAUUACCUGUAGAACAGCCAACACAGUUCCUCAGAUUUCUCUUCUGGCUAAGAUCCAUGUUCAUUCAAAUAUGGAAACUGGCUAACAGCUUGCUUUAUCCAUUUCCUAAUGCUCUACGAAGGUCACUUAAUAUAUUGUUCUUUCAUCACAUUGCCAUCUGAUUUGAUUGAAUAGCAGAUUCUAAGUUAUCUUCCUAAAUCUUUCAGUGCGUGUAUAUAUGUAUUCAGUGAAGUAGCCUACAGGUCUCUUGAGUAAUCAGACCUUCCAGUGGCAACUCAGAAAGGACAAGAAGAAACAGGGCAUUUACUCAUGGGUGUGUCAAGGAGUCUGGUGUGAGCGUGGAAGAAGAGGGUGUGUUUGUGCGAAGGGAGUCAACCAGCCCUGGAAGCACAGGGUGUGGUUGGGACUCAGACUGUAUAACGGGUAGGCUGACAUGGCUCAUCUGUCCGAACGCAGCACGGCGAGGCUGACAUGAGUGAAUCUCAGUGCUGAAUGCACAUCCAGAAGUGCAGAUGGCUCCACAGACUGGCUCCACAGUAAAGGAAAGGAAACCUGUUUCAACCUUUCUACAGCUUUUCACUUGGGACGAGAUCCGAAUCCACAACGGCCGUGGCCCAAGUAAGGAGCAGUGGCUGGUGAUUGACAGGAACGUUUACGACGUCAGCAGUUUUUCCAGACGGCACCCUGGAGGCAGCCGGGUUAUUGGCCACUAUGCCGGACAAGAUGCAACGGAUGCCUUUGUAGCAUUUCACAGUGAUAAGGCUCUGGUGAAAAAAUACUUGAAGUCUCUGCUGAUUGGGGAACUGGCACCAGAUCAACCCAGCUUUGAGUCUAACAAAAAGAAAUCACUUUUAGAAGACUUCCGUGAGCUGCGCUGCACUGUUGAGAAGAUGGGACUUCUGAAUCCAGAUUCCACCUUUUUCUCCCUGAUUUUCCUUCACCUCCUGGUACUGGAUGCUGCAUCCUGGCUGACAGUCUGGUACUUCGGGAUAUCAUUAGUGCCCUUCGUUGUUGGCAUGGCAUUCUUCACCAUUGCUCAGAUCCAGAUGGGCUGGUUCCAACACGAUCUGGGGCACUGCUCUGUCUUUAGGAAGCCUAAAUGGAACCAUCUGCUGCAGAUCAUUGUGAUAAAUACCCUGAAGGGUUUACCGGCCAGCUGGUGGAAUCAUCUGCACAAUCAGCACCACGCCAAACCCAACUGCUUCCGCAAGGACCCCGAUCUCAACAUGCACCCUCUCCUGUUCAGCUUGGGAAAGACACUCUCUGUAGAGCUUGGAAAAAAGAAGAAGAAGUUCAUGCCUUACAAUUAUCAGCAUAAGUAUUUCAGCUUAUUGGCCCCACUUGCACUUAUACCCUUCUUCCAGCUGUCCAUAUUCUACUUUGCAAUCAGGAAGAAAAAGUGGUUGGAACUGUUACUGGUGGUGUCUUACAACAUCCGAGUCUGCCUCAUGUAUAUUCCUUUAAUGGGAUUUAACAAUUUCAUGGUGUACUACUGGAUGUCCAGGUACCUAGAGAGUACAUGGUUUAUUUGGGUCUCGCAGAUGAACCACAUUCCAAUGCACAUUGAUUAUGACAAGAACAAUGACUGGGUAUCUACUCAGCUUCAUGCAACAUGUAAUGUGAACCAGUCUUUUUUCAAUGACUGGUUCACCGGGCACUUGAACUUCCAAAUUGAGCACCACCUUUUCCCCACAAUGCCUCGACACAACUACUGGAAAGCAGCUCCUUUGGUGAAAGCCCUUUGUGAUAAGCACGGCAUUGAGUAUAAAAGCAAGACUUUACUCAGAGCUUUUGUAGAUAUUUUGAACUCACUGAAAGAGUCAGGGGAACACUGGCUUGAAGCCUAUCUGCAUGGAUAGAUGCUGGCAGCUCUUGAAGGGAAUUUCUUCGCCAGACAACCGCUGCUGCAAAGAAUCAGCACAGAUCAGCAGAGUGUUUGUGGCUUCUGACAUAGGAACUUGGGAACUGGGUGAAGCUAAUUGCAGUAAGAAUGAUGGGUGGGGAAGUGGAUUAAAGAUAUUUUUUUUUCAUUGUUCUGAACCACGAUAUCUCUAUUUUUUGCUGCUCUCAAACUCAGUAUUCAGAGCCAUGACAAACUGGGUCUUUAAAUUUGGGAGUCGUAGCUCUUGAAUCAGCUGGAUCAAUUCACUGUGUAGGUGGGGCAUAAAACACCUCAACUCCUUUAUUAUGGGGAAAGUUUAAAUGGCAAUUCUUAGCAUUUUUGGCUUAAUGGCUCAGUGAAAAUGGAAUUAGAUAAAGCAGACUGCAGGAAGUCAGAACACAUUAGGAUGGGAGGAUCUUCAUGGGAUAUUCCAAGAUUGGUAAGUAUGCAAAGAACAAGAUGGCCUGCAGUAUGUUGUCGUGUCUAGUGAUCGUAUGUGCACCACUUUCUCUUACUAGUUAACUGAAGUGUUAUAACUGGUGCUGUUCGUGAAAUGCAUGGGGAAGUAGAUAACUGGAUGCUCCAUUUUACUUCUCUAAGACCUAAUUUGAAUAUGGUCCAAAAAGUCUGUAUAGUAUGUAUAAUUUAUAUGUAUAAAUAUAUAUAUUUUAUUGUGUACUGUCUGAUUAGCUUUCUGAUUUGAUGUGUUAUGUGUCUUUGCUGAUGUUAGAUUAGCUUUAAAAUUCUUAGCUUCAGUAGAUCUACUUUGAAUGAGCCUUGGAAAUGUAGGCACUGGGGGGUGGGUUCGGAUCACAAGGGUUUAUAGGGUUCUAUUACUUUUAUUGACUUUUACACGUAUUAUUUUCCCUCUAAAUACCUUCCAGUGAUUUCAAGGACAUAUGAGUAUUUACAUACAUGAGCCAUGAGGUAACUGAGUACAUCUGUGGCUCCAUCCCUGUAUCCUGAAAAACAAUUAAAUCAUACCUAAUUCUGUAAUUCCAUGCAGUCCUCUCUGGCCUUUACAGUUUUUUUUUCCUCCAUUUCAGCAUCCCAAAGAACUAACUCUUACAGGUUUUGUACCUGUAAGCUGUUUGGCCCCUCCAAGAGGAAGGGGAAGGACCUAGCCCCUCCAUACUUAGGGUUCUGCAAAGCUGCUUCUAGCGGAAAGCAUAAUGACUACAAGGUAUAGUAGGUCUCCUUAGGAAGAGUAUAUGACCUCUGAUUAAUGUGGCUGAUCUUGAUUUAAUUAUAACAUUUUCUAGUAUGAAUCAUAACAAAUUUAGUUCAGUAGGAUACAGUUGAGCCUUACUAGCAAAACCUGAAUUGUAUUAUAUUCACCUAAAUGUCCUGAAACUAUGAAUGUAGUCUGCAGUGCUGAGUAUACAAUUUGCCCAUAAAAGCAAAGACCAAGUGGAAGAAAAGUGAUUAUUUUCCUCUGCCAUUCACACCCAGAAUUCUAUGCCCUUGGCUUUCAGUGGGCAAACCGCUCAGGGAAGGAAAAAGGGGAAGACCUUAAAGGGAAAAAUUAUUGUGGACAACCAGACAUAUCUGCAACCCACUGAUGAUUAAAUUACAGGCAUUACAAAUUUCAGACAACAGCAGUCCUCUUCCAAGUAACAAAUAUUAUCAAAUUCAUAAGGUAAAGAUCCUAAGAAGAAUUUUGGACUUAAUUUUCUUCUUGCUUUUUUAAUUUUAUUAAUUAUUCUGUUUUAAGAACAUUGGCUUUAUUUAUAACUUAUGUGUGUAUGUGCAGGCCUAGUAAUAUUAUUUUGGUUAUUUCCCAAUAAUUGCUGAUACAUAUCGUUGAAAAAGGUUAUGAUUAAAAAGCACUGUUGUUCAAAAGCUAGUUAGAAUGUGCUUUGAAAGCCUUUUCUAACUACUACAAUCUAAAAUAAUUCUGUGCUCCCAACUCAAAGGUCAGUUAGCCACAACUUCGUGCAGGAGUAGAAAUAUUUUUAUAAGGAGUAUUUAAGUGGUAGUACUUUCUUAAGAUGAAUGCAAGUGUUUCAUUACCUGCACUAUUGUUCUGGUAUUAAGGAUUCUGGUGAUGUUUUUACUAUUUUUUAUUUUUUAACCAAUGGGACAUGAAAGCUGUGGUGAUUAGAUCUGGAUUUCUGCUGAAAUUCCCUGAAGACAAGACUAACACAAAGUAGUUCUUUCUGAUGUCAGCCUCAUGAAUCAAUCUGAUUCUUUGUCCCAUUUAGCCAGCAUUCUAUUUGUUUGACUGUAGUAAUUUAUUCAGUCAGUUUUUUGCAACCUCAUUUAAAUCAAGAUGUUUUUGCCUCUUUAGCUGAUCUAACAGUGUGCUGCUCUAUGUGAAUAUUGAUUUACCUCUUUAUCUGUUUCGUAAAGGUUAUUAACAUACAUGAAACUGAUUUACCUUUGUCUUGUUCUAACAUGGUUCAGAAACUUCAAGGGUUUGGUGUAACCCUUGAUGAGAGGUUAGCAAGCCACUUUAGUUGGCAUUAGAGCUCUUAGCAACAGUAAUGCUCCCUAAAAGACAACAUGUAUAAUCAGGAAUGCAUGGAAGAAAGAAGGAAAUCAGGGAAACUGUUCACAUAAUAUUGCUUUCUUUAGGAGUUUAUACUAAGAUUCUGUUAGUAGUGUUUUUUUCUACACAGGUACACCAAAAUUGUCAGCUUACCAUAGGUGUCAGAGGGUCCUUUCCCUCACAGGGUGGCACAAAUGGCCGCCCUGUGACACAGUCAACAAGUGCCAAGCUUCGGAGGGCCCUAACAGUAAGGAAGGCAGCAAGAACUGCAAAGCAAAAGAAAAGUGUCAUCAGUUGUUCAGAAUUGAGUUCUACUUGCGUGAAUGCAGUGUUGUGCAGAGCAUGCACUGUGCUUCCUAUUAAACAGCAACCCGAUGUCUCUAUUCUCACAGGAAUUCAAAGUUUAAUUUUAUUUGAAAAAAAGGGAAUUAAAAGCCUUGUUAUUGUCCA